AGCUCUCGGAGCGUAAUAGUAACCGAGAACCGUGCUCUGGAUAUUCGAUAUCGGGUCGGUUGAUCGAGCCUCUCCCGCGGUUCCGCGUUGCUGAUCCCCGCUCGGCUCGCGCACAAGCCCAACUCCGAGGUAGAGCCAUAAAGUGGCUCUAUCCGAUGACCCUGAUACUUGCCGCGCGCGAGAUGAAGACGUUCGCCCGUACCGUUUGUUUAUUCGUCGACCUCGUCGCGGUAGCGAGCCCGCAGUGAUAUAAGAAAAGGGGCGAGCGAUAUUACAGAAGUGUCGUGGUGCAGUUAAGAAAUAAUCACCGAAAAUGAGUUGCAUGUCGCAGUGCGCCAAGUAUUUCCUAUGCUUCUUCAACUUCGUUUUCUUCAUCGCCGGAGGAGCGGCACUGACUGUCGGUAUCUGGCUGUUCGCCGACAGGAGCUCGUUCACCAAUCUCAUCGGGAAGCUCGAUCAGUCCGACUUUCUGAACAAAACGGACGCCGAUGUCAUCAAGAUGAUCGCCUACAUUCUUAUCAUCGCCGGUGCUCUCACGUUCAUUAUCAGUUUCCUCGGGUACUGCGGCGCUAUGUUCGAGUCCAGGUGCCUCCUCUGUGUCUACGGCAUUCUAAUCUUGCUGGUUUUAAUCCUGGAGUGUGUGGUAGUCGGCCUCGCUUUUGGACUUAAAGGAGACGUCGAGAAAGGUACGCAGGAUUUCUUGAAGUCGACCAUCGCCAAGUAUUAUGCGUCCAGCGGCGAUAAAACUGAUACGGUGACGGUCGCGUGGGACGGUAUCAUGAGCAAGCUCCAUUGUUGCGGCGUGGAGAGUUAUCGGGAAUUCACUGAGAACAAGAACUGGACUAUGAUGUUCCCCGGAAAAGCGGUCCCCGAGGCCUGCUGUAUAAAAGAAAACGAUUAUCUGAAGGAUUCCUCGUGUCCAAUUAGCCCCACCGCGUCUAACUCGUACUAUCAAACGGGUUGCUACAAGGCCAUGAUGACCGCCAUCGAGGAGAACGCGGCGAUAGUGAUCGGCGUGGCCGCCACCCUGGUCUUUGUCGAGGUCCUGGUCAUUAUUCUGGCGUUGUACCUGGCCUGCUGCUACUGGCGUCCACAACAUGUUUAUCGAUGCGUAGAACCUUCUGGCAAGGAGUAACCUCGAGAGCAGAAUGUGCUAAGCUUUCUGCCAGCAGUUCUUUUGAACGCAGUUCUUUUUCCUUUAAGGACUUCGCGAAUACCUCGACUGUGUUUGUACGUGUAUAUUUAAUAUACGUAUAUAACACAAUGUACAAUAUGUAUACAUGCAUAUAUAUAAUACAAACUCGUAUAUGUAUAUGCAUAUAUGCACGUACAUGCUUUCGUGUACUUUCCAACGCAAUGGCGACGCAAGUUGAAUCCGAUGGCAUCGUACCGCAUCAUGCGCUUCGGCCGCAUUCAGUCUCAGAGUUUAUAACGUAACGAGAAUCGAAGGGUUGCGGGUGAAAAGCGAUUUAGACCAAUCGAUGGGGAGGGAUCGCCGAUCACGAUGGCUGAUCACGAUCGCUUUCACGAGUACCACCGCGAGCCCUUCGAUCGCUCGCACGUGCAAAUUUCACCGGGAGUCGCGUUGAGCGGAAAGCGCACAGAGGAUCUCUCAUGAUCUUUGUCGACGCGAGGGCGUUACGGUUAGCGUGUGCCAAAAUUACCGCGUGGUCAAUCGCGGAAUCGGUUGCCAGUUGUCAAGCGUUUCAAUUCGAGCGCUAAAGUGCCAAUGUACCAAACGCAUUCGCUUUCACCGACAUUAUUAACGUGGAAUGCACGUCGUAGUGGGACACUGCGAGCAAAUCGUUCUACGUUUCGACGCUCGUGCAAAAUCUCUCCUUCCUCAGCUACCCUGAAAGCGAAGGGGGCUGAACGAAGGAAACACUCGUUCGAACGUCACGCGGACGAAAAUAUUUCGAGUUUUUACAUUUCCGCGCGCGCGAAUUAUUAAGAUAAUACUCGUCUCUAUCCGCUCAACGCCCACUUGAACGAUCUGUAUCAACACUUGUAUUUCAAAUAUCUCGUCAUCGCCUUGCAAACGUGCUUACUCAAAAUGCUUUCGAACUCGGACCAAUAACGUACAUAUCGUACUGGAAUAUCCUUCGGCCGCUGGCAUCUUUUUGAUCGUCCAAGUUCUCGCACGAAGAACGUGAAAUGAGAGAUAGCUAAAAAAAACAAAUUCGCGGUAAUGAAACAUUCUAAUUGUUCGUAUCUCGGUUACGAUCACCCAUCGGGCAGCUUGCUCUCCCAAGGUUUCUUGAACAUUCGUUCGAUCGCACAGUUAUUUUUCAAUAUCUCGCAUUCCGUCUUGUCAAUACGAACAAAAAACUGUCGCACGAUUUUCCAUAGCUUUUGGUUAUUUUUUUUUAUACAAUAAACGACCGAGGUCGAUCGGUAGUGAAAGUGUUGUUGAGUGCAGCACAAUUUCACGUUCGGGCUCCCCGGCGACGAGGUGAACGCCUCGUCGCGGGUUGCGAAGAGAUUACCGGUGUCAUACACGCGCGUAUUCAUCUGAAAUCACAAUUCAUCCCUAUUAAAGUAGAACCUUUUCUCAAUUUGGAAGGCAUUGACAAAUGGACGUUCUUUUAGCUUGUGUAGACGUAUCGUCGAGACAGGCCUGGUGAGGUGCUGAAGUAAGGAUGAUGAUUUUGAUGGGGUUUGCUUUCAAGUAAGACGGAGGUGAAGCUGUCAGUUGACAGCCGAUCCCUUCCUUGCUGCCGCUUCGCGCUGCAGCGUCUAGUUCUAUCAUCCAUUCUACUUUACAAGCGUUCUUUCGUGAAUUCUAUGAGGCAUGGUAGCUUUGCUCUCCACCCUUGCAUGGCCAUGCUGUUAUAUAUUAUUUGACAGAAAGACAGAGAGCCAGAUGUACGGAGGCAGAAAGAAAGAGAGAGAGAGAGAGAGAGAACGAGAGAGGCCCGAUUGCAUCGGUUACAUGGACGCAACUUGUAACAGGUGUAGAGAUUAGUGUUGGUUUACUUUGAACAGGGGAUUUUAUCUGGAAUGGCAUCAUGGAGUAGACGGUAUCUUGUGAUAAUGAAAAUUAUAAGUGUGCAUUAAUAGUACGAUCAUUAAUCAAAAAGUCAUUAUCUUUAUUUUAGUAUCUAAAAGCGUUCCUCGCCGAGCGCCACUUCCUCUAAAUCGCGGCCAAUUUGAAGUCGAUGUUUUUCUUAACGGAGAACCGAAACUUAUCACGACUUUCCAAUCUUUAAAGUAAUACACCCUUGUAACUGAACCUUACAUUGAAAUACUAAUUAAUUUACAGUCUAUUUGAAAUUAAUUCAAGAAUUAUGACUUUCUUAUCCGUGUCUCCAAAAUUCUUUUCAUUCCUGAUCUCGUCAUCUUCGUAAAGAGAAAAUCAGCCUAGAAUUGGUCAAAGAAAGUAGUUGAAAGGAAGUGCGUUCGGCGAGAGACACAUUACUGAUGACAAAUUAUUAAAAAUGCAUAGAACGAUUAAAAGAAAUGAAGUAUGCAAACGGGAGAAAAGUGUAAAGUAGCGUAAUACAUUAGACGUUUAAAUAUGUGCAAUUGUUGUUUCAUGUUUACAAGUAAUCUAAAUGACGUUAAUUAUUAUAAUUAGACAUUUUUCAAGUACUGCAUAUAAAGACGUUGUUUAUGAAUCAAUUGUUUACGAAUUAGUUACGAAGCAAUAACUAUGAUUGCUAAUAGACGAGGCCAAAAUUUAGAAAAUAUACGAGUCACUAAUCAAAGCGUUCCAUCCAUAAAUGACGCAUUUUCGUAACUAAUACGAGUUUAACGAUAGAUACAAAUGUGGGCGCGGAGAUUUGUUUCUCCUCGGAAACGAAAAUAUAUUAUCGAAUGUGUUUGUCGAGCCAAACGAGUAUGCAAUUGGGCCUGUAAGUUUCGUUUAAGCUUUCAGCGUGAGCUCUUUUUAUUUCACGGUGUUUACUCAUAUCCGAACAGCUAUCGGCACGAGUUAUUAAAACACACGUGGUGAAAUUCUACUCGGAAUUGUGGUACGCAAAGUAACACGAACAUUUAACUAUUUCCUUUCUCCCUUCUCAUUAGUUAUAGUAGCUUAGUCGGCAAUCUAUUGUCUCAAUGUUGCAAACGCUAUACGGUACCUAACAGAUACAUCACAGAGAUCGCAGGAUGAGGUGUCUCAUCUCACGUUUACAUAUGUAAAGAACACAGAAAACAAAAUGCAUUAUUGUAAAUGGGACAACGUACAAUUUCGAGGAGAAGUCCAUAUACCUUCAUAAGAAAUCGAUAAUAUGUAUGUUAGUGUACUUUCAAUGUUUAACACACACUGCUGUAUACGCAAAUCUGUACGUAUGCGCACCGAGCACGCGCGGAGGGCCAAAGCCAAGAGUGCGAGAGCCAAAUGAACAAAGAGAACAAAAAUAUAUAUAUUUCAAGACUGAGAGAAUCGAGAAACCAAAUUGUACGCACACACUGCAACGAUUUGAUGCGGACCUUACGAAUCGAAGAUAUAUCAUUUCCUUAGCGGGAUGCGUGUAUAUAUAUUUAGAUAGAGUAUAUUUUUCUAGAGUUUCUGCGAUAUCUCGGCGCGCGACGUUGCACAAGGUGAGACGCGAAAGAAACUUCCGAUUCUUCAUUCAUUUCGACGCGAGAUCGUAAACGACGAGUUGCGAUCUUUCGGCAAUACGUUCGCACGCGUCGGGUGGUAUCCAGCCAGAAAUGCCAAAAAGGAGAAAUGAUGCACAACCGAUCUUACGCGUUUUCUUCCGUACCUGAACUAUACUCUUCUAGAUUUAACGGCGACGUCCCCACGCGGCGCGGAAGCUUUUUCGAUUACAUCGCAGCGAGCUGCUAGGUGGAUGUUCCAACACUCCGGCAGCAAUGUCGCUGCAUUCCUGCGUGAAUAUUUGAAACGACGUUGCUGCAUUCUUGCGCGCCAACGUUGAAGCAACAUUGCUGCAUUGCGUCAACGUUGCAGCAAUAUUGCGAGCAGCAACGUGCGUGUUUAGCGGUAUACGCGGCAAAUCUUUCGUGCUACGUGGGCGCAAUCCACGCCGUUAUUUGUAAUCGCGGACCGCGUGCUGUACUGUGUGCGUGUGUCUAUCGACACCCGACGAAGGUGAUCUCGCUCGUCGUACCUUCCCCGUGCCGUGCGUGCGCGUACGUACACACGAAGCCGACGGUAAUCUUAAUGCGGACGGUAGUUUUACGAUUACUAUUUUAUCAUCGCUACUAAUUGUUCAUGCCGCACAUUCUAGACAUUUUCGUUUCCAGUGUUAACUUGUUGGUGCUGCUGUUGACGAGGCAUUAAGAGCAUGGAACUGUUGAGUAGUGCCUCCUAGCACGUUGAGCCCUUAGUGCUCCUGUGCCUUGCUUGCUUGAAACUCUAGCUGCUAGCCCAGCCUAAGGCUAGCCGAGAAGUCGGCCAAGACAGAAAAAAAAAACCAAUUCUUUGACGCUUGAGUUGACGAAACGUUUCGGGAAAAAAAAGCAAAGAACAAAACGAAAUGGGAGAAAAAAAGAAAGAUCCCACAUUGGCAGUGACGUAGGAGAUAUAUAUGGCUAGGCGCUACGCGUUUUUCUCGACGGAGAGAACUCAGGUCCGGAGUCCAUCAAUCUUAUAUAUUAUACGGUGUGUAAUAUAUAUGUAAGAUUGAUAAAAAUAUAUAUAUCUCGCGUUGCGUAUCGCAAGCGGUAUACGCAUGUAUAUAUAUAUAUAUAUAUAUUACGAUACGAGGUAUCCCAAAACGUCACUGUAAAUUGCUAACGUUUCGUAGUUUUGCUAAGUGUUUGUAUAUUACAGGAGGUACAAGCGUUUAAAAUGAGAUUGAGAAGCGCGGCCGCGCGAAGACGCGAUUCGACGGCGAACCCACCCAUUCCUUUCCUUUACCUUUCCUUCUCGUUCUCCGGCUCUUGAUCGUCCACAAGUUAACGCGGAUGAACGUCGAUCACGCGACAGUAGAUGUACAUAUGCGCCAAUGAUAUUACAAUAUUUUCGUAAACGUUUUAGAUGCUUGUACUCACGAACUUUGAAUACUCAUGAACACGCGAUGUUUCGUUCGUCUCUCAAAACGGAACACACAACGAGUUACUCGUGACGAGAGUUUGAUGUACUCUUUGGCACAGUUUCUUUUAACAUCGUUUUAUUGCGUUUGGCUAAAACUUUUUUGGUGGAAGCGCUUCUUAUACGUAACACUUGCUAAAAUAGUCUCGCACAAAGGUCAUUGUUUCAUUUGGCGGAGUGUAAGUUGGGGAGAAAACACUACGAAACCCUAACGAACUGUUGUUUACUCGAGCCAUUAAAGAGAUACAUUCACUUGCGAGCGGAUGUUUUAUUUGAAGGAUUUAUCGGCGACGAAGACGAAAAAGGCUUUUCUUUUCACGUAACAUUCUCUGUAACUGAUAAACAAAAUUUUAGUUUUUUACUUGAAUCUAAUAUAUGCUUCUAGCUUUAUAUUUUUCUUAAAUAAAUAAAUAUAUAUAUAUGUACCUGAGUAAUUAAAAAUUGUCAGAUAUAUAUAUCAGAUGUAUAAUUGUCUGAGAAAUAGGAACGGCGCGUCAUUGCUGACAGCAUAGUGAUCGUCGGGAGCAUUUUACAUACGUAUACACUUUGUGAGCAAGUCACGAAGUCAGAGUGUUUAUAUUGAACGUUAAUUCUCUUUUUCUUUAUCGAUUGCCGUGUAUGAAAAUGUGCUGCACAUCACUGUUCCCAAUAAAGGAAGUCAACAGAAUCAAACCUCCUUUUACCUCUGACACAAAGUUAUCGAAGCUAUGUCAAAAAGAGUAUUUUAUCGUACACAUUUAUGAGUCGUGUAACAUACAAUUAACGACGGGCCCUGAUUACGCGUCGCUCGCCUAACAGCGAACGACGAGAUAUCGCACAGACUAAUUGGAGGAUUGAAAAUUCUCAUUAACUCGUUAGCUGAUAGUUAAAAAAACUAUGAUAUAUAGUGAAAUGCUUGUUUUUACAUAAUGUGCAGUUUAAUUUAGAGAUGAAGAACACGUUUUUUGCAUGCAAUAUUAUGCACUAUGAAUAUUUAUAUUUAUUUUUAAACGUUCGCAUAGUGUGUCCGUCAAGUAUCUUAAAAAGUAAUGUAAAGGUCCUUUUCAUUGCAAUCUCUGAUCACUACGUGAAUGCCGAGAUCGCGAGUACCGAUUCAGAGGACACCUUCCCGUAAAUUAUUUCUCGCUUAAUCACGGAAGAAAUAAAUUAAAGAAAAUACUAACGUCUUCUUCCUGUCGUUUUCUCAACGGAAAAUACAUUGACUUGUAUUUUCCUGCGCAUUGACAAACCGCAGGGACUGACUGAAAUCGUCAAGCUCGUAAAAUCGAGCUGAACAGAGAUCAAUAUUGCAAUAUGAACGACCUGAUCCUUAUAACGCUGUCUAAUAUGUAGUCCCAUAAUAUUGAAUGUAUAAAUUCCAGAAAAGCUAUUUAAAGUCAAGAGAAAAGAUAACAGUUAAAAAACGAAAAGCCUAAAACACCAGUUUAGAAAUCUCACGUAGAAUUUGUGGAAGUCGAGUCAAGAUUAAUGUGACAAAGUUUACGUGUUUACUCUGAAAUUGCGAUAAAAAUGAUUAUAAUGAAUUAUAAAGCGCGUGUUGUAGUCGUAUGCUAUGGUACAUGAUAAAAAAAAUUUAGUUUCGCGUAAAUCAGUAUAUAUAUAUAUAAAUAUAUAAUAAUAUAUACACAAGUAUCUUUUUGGUACUAAAGAUACAAAGAAUAUAGGCUACUGUGCAAAAAAUUAUUUUUGAAAAAUCAUGUGAGAUAUUGUAACGAUAAGAUUAAAAAAAAAGACGACAAAACACAAAACACGGCCAAGAACGCAUGAUAUUGCUUAGUUUAAGUUCAAAGUUUAAGAUAUUUAGUAACGUUCAGUUUUUGUUUCGGUGCAAUUACGAAUUAUCAUAUGAAAUAGGUGUAUCAAGAUGUAUUCAAAUUUUAUAUACAGAGACUGAUACCUGACCUAAAAAGUGUAUAUAUUUGAGAUGCGAUUAUUGAGAUAUACAGUUGUAUUCCAAUACAUUAUUAUUAACUAUGAGUACUGUACAAUUGCAUAUAUUAAGAAUAUAGUACGAUUGAUUUUUGUUAA